AUGGCUGAUACGCAGUCCCGUUCUUUGGCUGGGCCAGCCGUCCUAUUGUUUGGCCCCCUUGCCCUCUCUUUCGACUCCACACAACUCGCCAAGUUACGCGCCACCGUUGUUGGGGACUCCCAGCUUGCCUGGAUCCCUCAAACUCUUGGACAACUGCCUAGACUGUGGAAUAACAUCACGGCAACUCUUCCAGAACUUGAAGACGACACCGGGCACGUGAAACUGUCUAACUUGGCGGAAUUCUUCACCUCUGAACAGCAUUCUGAGCUCAAUAUCACUUAUCCCUUACCGAAUAAGCUGCUCAUUCCGCUGGUCGUCAUUUCACACUUGACCCAGUAUGCGGCUUUUAUCGAGCAAAUCAACCCAGAGGUCGACGGCCGCAUCGACCCCUUUGACGGAGGAAUCCUGAAUGGCAAAGAGUCACUUGGGUUUUGCACGGGCCUCCUCAGCGCAUUUGCCGUUGCAAGUGCGCAGAACAGGAAGGAUUUCGAGAAAUAUGGCGCCGUGGCCAUACGGCUUGGAAUGCUAGUUGGCAUGGUUGUUGAUGCCCAGGGGAACACCUCCCCCGCCAAGUGUCUUGGGGUGUCUUGGUCUUCUGACAAGGGGACAGAGGAGUUGAGAAGGAUACUGGAUGAGUUCACAGAGGCCUACGUAUCCGUCGAGUACGAUGAACAUCGUGCGACAGUAACGUCGCUUAUCUCAGAUAUCCAGAAGCUCCAUCAAAGGCUCAAGCAAGCUGGCUUCAUCUCGUCAGAGAUCGGCCUAUAUGGGCGCUUUCAUGGAAGAUGCCAUCUGGACAUCCUGCCAAGUCUGAUCCAGCUGUGCGAUGCAAACCCGGACCUUCAGUUUCCGGACGCGUCUCAGAUCAGACUUGCGGCCCGGUCCAAUGACGGAGGUCGGCUCAUCGAACAGGGCAGUUUGCAUCAGCAUGCUCUCAAGUCAAUUCUGACCGAACCUCCCAAAUGGCACCAAACAAUGUCUACACUGCGGCAGACCACGCUUUUGGACAAGGAAACGCUCAUUAUAUCUUUUGGAUCCGAGCGUUGCGUUCCACCGUCGCACAUUCUGUCCCUCAAUGGACAAGUCGUGCACCUGGCGGACAUUGACUUUGCGACGCAACAUCGUGGAGCCUCGGACAAUGACAUUGCUGUCAUUGGCAUGGCUUGCAAGGUGGCAGGCGCCAACAACCUCGAAGAAUUCUGGGACCUCCUUUGCGCAGGAAAGUCGCAGCAUAAGGAGGUUCCCAAGGAGCGGAUGUCGUUUGAGACAACGGCCUUUCGUGACGUUGAUCCGAAACGAAAGUGGUUCGCGAAUCUGGUCGAUUCCCCGGACGAAUUUGACCACAAGUUCUUCAAGAAAAGCCCUCGGGAAAGUGCCACAAUGGAUCCUCAGCAGCGGCUGCUUCUGCAGAUAGCCUAUCAGGCUGUCGAACAGUCCGGCUACUUCCAGUCCCAGGCUGACGAAAAGGACAAGCGCAUCGGCUGUUACAUUGGACUCUGUGCUACCGACUAUGAGAACAACAUUGCUUGCCACCCAGCCAAUGCAUUUUCGGCAACUGGCAACCUCCAGGGCUUCGUCGCCGGCAAGGUCAGCCAUCAUUUCGGAUGGACUGGGCCGGGCCUGACUAUUGACACGGCCUGCUCGUCGUCUGCGGUAGCAGUUCAUCAGGCCUGUCGGGCGAUCAUCAACGGAGAGUGUACAGCUGCACUGGCCGGCGGCACUCACGUUAUGACCAGCCCAUUAUGGUUUCAGAAUCUGGCUGGCGCAUCCUUCCUGAGCACGACAGGGCAGUGCAAGCCAUUUGAUGCCAAAGCAGAUGGCUACUGUCGUGGCGAAGGGGUGGGCGCAGUCUUUCUGAAGCGUCUGUCUGCUGCCGUAGCAGAUGGUGACCAGAUCCUUGGUGUCGUGGCCGCCUCCGGUGUCCAACAAAACCAGAAUUGCACCCCAAUCUUCGUCCCCAACGCCCCGUCUCUGUCAGACCUCUUCCGCACAGUCGCCAGGAAGGCCCGUCUUGAACCUAGUCAGAUCUCGGUCGUCGAGGCUCACGGAACGGGAACCGCCGUUGGUGAUCCGGCUGAAUACGACAGCAUUAGACAGGUUUUCGGCGGUCCUGUUCGCUCGAGGCCGUUGAUGCUCAGCUCAGUCAAGGGCCUCGUCGGUCAUGUGGAAUGCACUUCAGGCAUUGUGUCUAUGAUCAAAGUCCUCUUGAUGAUCAAUAAGGGCAUGGUGCCGCCACAGGCCAGCUUCUCCUCGAUCAAUCCCGCUAUUGGUGCUUCUCCAACAGACAGGAUCAGCAUCCCGACCAAGCUGCGUCCCUGGGAGGCAGAUUUCCGGGCAGCUCUGGUCAACAAUUAUGGUGCAUCAGGCUCCAAUGCGUCGAUGGUCCUGACGGAAGCACCAAGGGUUGCCAAAAUACUGUUGCCCAAGUCGGACCGGGACCUUGCCCAACUCAAAUACCCGAUCUCGCUCUGCGGUCUGGAUGAUCAGAGCCUCCGACGGUACGCCCAGUCACUCUUGCAGUACCUCGGAAGCCGCGCCGACGCGUCCGAUGAGGAUCUGUCUAUCAGCAAUGUCGCAUUCAACUUGGCCCGACAAAGCAAUCGGGGACUUGAUCGGCAUCUGAUCUUGACGGCGCAGACGACCUCCGAGCUGAGAGACAUACUCGGGAGCUACCUCUCUGGGAAGGCUCUGGUCCCCUCCCUUCCUCCGAUUGCCUCCCUUCCGAAACCCCAGGACAGACCCGUCAUACUUUGUUUUGGCGGCCAAAUAUCGACGUUUGUUGGGCUAGACAGCCGCUUAUACGACAGUAUAGUUGUCCUGAAGAAGCAUCUCGGUCGCGUCGACGCCGCUGCUCGAUUCCUAGGUGCAGGGAGCAUCUUCCCUAGUAUUUUCCAGCGCUCGCCCAUCAAGAGCAUUGUCAAAUUGCAGACAGUCCUGUUUGCAAUGCAGUAUGCAUGCGCGCGAAGCUGGAUUGAGUCUGGGCUCAAACCAAGCGCCGUCGUUGGCCACAGUUUCGGCGAACUCACCGCGCUGUGCAUCGCACAGGCCUUGUCAAUGGAAGACGCGCUCAAGCUGGUCAUCAGACGUGCGACCACAAUCCAAGACUCGUGGGGCCCCGAGAAAGGAGCCAUGAUGGCAGUCGAGGCGGAACUUGGAGAUCUCCAGAAGCUCCUUGCCGAGUCCGAGGCUGAAGCAAAGGGAGUCACUAUUGCAUGCUACAAUGGUCCCAAGAGUUUUACCCUCGCCGGUCCUGACGCGUCAGUUGACGCGGUCGCAGACGCCAUGAACAAGAUGCCCAACUCUGUGCCGAUUCGAGCCAAAAAAUUGAACGUCACGAAUGCGUUUCACUCCACUCUCGUUGAACCAUUGAUGACGAAACUGCAGGAGGGCGCUCGCGGACUAACUUUCCGCGAACCGACAAUCCCUAUAGAACGGGCCACUGAAGGUUCUUGGCAGGGAAAGUUCUCUUCCAAGUUCGUCGCGGAGCAUCUUCGUCAGCCCGUGUACUUCAAUCACGCCAUACAGCGUCUCGCAAAGCGGUAUCCAACCGCUGUCUUCUUGGAAGCCGGCUCCUCUUCCACUAUCACGACAAUGGCGAGCAGAGCACUUGGGAACCCCGGCGCAACUCACUUCCAGGCCAUCAACAUCAACGCAGAGAACAGCUGGAACAACCUCGUCGACUCGACGGCCAAUCUGUGGAGAGCCGGCGUGCCUGUGCAUUUCUGGGGUCAUCAAAACAGCCAGACGAAGCAACAUACGCCACUCCUGUUGCCCCCUUAUCAAUUCGACGGAACGAGACACUGGCUUGACUUGAAGACGCCGCCCAAGGUCUCUGCACUUCCGGAGCCGUCGACCACAAUCGCCACCAAGCCACCCAAGACUCUGUUGGAGUUCCAAGGCUAUCUCGACAAUGAGAAUCGGGUCGCGCGUUUCAGGAUUAAUACGGCAAUUCCUGAAUAUGAGAAGUUCGUCAAGGGCCAUAUCAUCGCAAACACCGCACCAAUCUGCCCAUCCAUUGUUCAACUGGACAUGGUCAUAGAGGCCGCUCGAACUUUGCAUUCGGACUCGGGUUCUCCAAAGCUCGAACCGCAAAUCCAUCUCGUGGACAACCUGUCGCCCCUUUGCGUCAAUCACAGACGGACGGUCUUCAUUGAGAUCGAAAAGGAAAUGCAACUUUCAGGUUUCCGUGUCUUCAGUACGGAUGGGACGAAAGGUGGAGAUCAGAUGGUGCACACGACUGGCAAAAUUGACUUUUGUGCCGCCGAAGACGUGUGUCUCAGGCUAGAAUUUGCCAGAUUGGAACGCUUCAUGGGACACAGGCGAUAUCUGCAGAUGAUGAGCAGCCCCGAUGUCGACGAGAUUUUGUCUCACCGAAACAUCUACAACAUCUUCUCGGAGAUCGUCGAGUACUCUGAGCACUAUCGUGGGCUUCAGAAGCUGGUCGGGCAGGGCAACCAGUCAGCUGGUUGUGUUACCAGGGUCAGCCACAAUGAGCCCGGAGUCGAGGACGCAUACUUCACAGAGGCUGUUUGCCAGGUGGGUGGCAUCUACGUCAACUGCAUGACUGGCCGAGAGCCUGGUGAUAUGUUCCUUGCCAAUGGCAUUGAACGCUGGAUACGUCUUCCGAAAGCACAGCAGCCCGAUACCCUUCACGUGCUGGCAACUCAUCACCAACCGUCAGAAAAGGCAUUCCUGACUGACGUGUUUGUGUACAACCCUGACGAUGGCUCGUUGAUUGAGGCUAUCCUUGGCAUUAGCUUUGUCAAGGUCGCCAAAAGUACGAUGCAAAGACUCCUGACUCGGCUCUCUCCAGGGGUAGACUCCAAGCCAACUUCCAAGGCAGCCAUCGUUGAUGAAGCGGGGACGUUGGAGACACAAUUGCCACUCGGGCACGUCAACUUCGAGUCGGUACCGCGUCGUGAGGCCGUGCCGCCUAAAGCCCAGAAGGCUUCGAAACCCUCGGGCAUAGAUGUUGUUCCUAAAGUCAAGGAAAUUCUCGCAGACCUGUCUGGCCUCGAGCUGCAUGAGAUCAGGAAUGACAGCGGUCUUGCAGACUUGGGCAUCGACUCGCUCAUGGGUAUGGAGAUGGCGCAUGAGAUUGAGUCCGCUUUCAAGAUCACUCUUCCUCAAGACGAGCUCAUGGAGAUCAUUGAUAUGCCCGGCUUGAUCAGAUGUGUACAAAAGGCGGUCGGCAACCCGGUUGACUCCGACACUGAGCCUGACCAAGACGAUUUAGAUGCGAGGGACAGCUCCGACACCCGCAGUAACUCCUCGUCCGAUCAUCAAACCACAAUCACAACGCCUCAAGCAGAUACAGAUGUCGAGUUCGCAGGCGAACUCAAGCUUCCCCUCGAAACUGUUCUUGAGGCCUUCAACCAGACCAAGUCACUGACGGACGAAAGGAUUGAAGAAUACAGCCAAACGAAAUAUGUAUCGCACGCGAUGCCUAUGCAGACACAAAUGUGCAUCAUGCUUACUCUGGAAGCCUUUGAGAAGCUUGGAGUCCCUUUGCGGCUGGCAAGGCCAGGGCAGAAGUUCCCGCGGAUUUCGCAUCCCAAAGAGCACAGCCGCUUAGUCGAGUAUCUCUACAAGAUGCUUGACAGAGAGUCGCAGCUCGUCACUGUCGAUGCUGAGUUCAUCACGCGAACGGCCGUGCCGUACCCUGCCAAGUCCAGCAAGGAAGUCUACGAGGAUCUUCUCCAGCAGUUCCCGGACCAGGACACGGCAAACAAGCUCACCUUCUACACCGGGUCCAACUUGGCAGAGGUGCUGCAAGGCAAAACAGACGGGAUUAAACUGGUCUUCGGCACGACCGAGGGCCGCGAACUUGUCUCCGGCUUAUAUGGCGAAUGGCCCCUCAACCGGCUGUUUUACAAGCAAAUGGAAGACUUUUUGUCUCGGCUUGCUUCGAAGCUGCACAGUCACGCCGAUGGACCGCUCAAGAUCCUGGAAAUGGGCGCAGGCACUGGUGGAACAACGCGCUGGAUUGUUCCGCUCCUGGCAAGUCUUGAUUUGCCUGUCGAGUACACAUUCACGGACCUCGCCCCAUCGUUUUGCGCCCUGGCCCGGAAGAAGUUUGGAAAGUCUUAUCCUUUCAUGAAGUUCAGAACGCAUGAUAUCGAGAAGGCUCCUGAGGCGGACUUGGUUGGGACUCAGCACAUCAUCAUCGCCAGCAACGCUGUGCACGCGACCAGAGAUCUGUGCGAGUCUACCGGAAACAUGCGGAAGCUUCUGAGACCUGAUGGCCUUCUACUCAUGCUCGAGAUGACGGGAACAAUGUACUGGGUCGACAUGAUUUUCGGGCUGUUUGAGGGCUGGUGGUUGUUCGAUGAUGGCCGCACUCAUGCAGUCACAGACGAGAAGAGAUGGGCCAAGGACCUUCAAUCGGUCGGCUACGGACAUGUCGACUGGACCGACGGCCAGCGAGCAGAAAACAGCGUCGAGAAACUGAUCAUUGCAAUGGCUUCGGGCCCGAGUUAUGUGCAGCGCUAUACCGAUGGCUUUGGGGCAGGAUUAGGUCAAGGGGACUUCCCCUGUGUUAGCUCCUCGGCCGCCAUAUCUUUCGUGGUAACUGGUGCGACUGGGAGUUUAGGCUCACACCUUGUUGCCGACCUCGCGCGCCGGGCGGAUGUCAAACGCGUCAUCUGCCUCAAUAGACCGAGCAAGCUUGACCCAAGGCAGCGGCAGCUAAACUCAUUCGAGAACAAGGGCAUCGAUCUUUCUAAAGACUGUUUGGAGAAGCUGGUGGUGUGGGAGACGGACCUCUCAAAGCCUCAAUUGGGCCUGGCCAGGGACGACUUCGAGGGACUGUUGAGCGAUGCGACGCACAUCGUUCACAACGCGUGGCUGAUGAACGCCAAAUGGCCUGUCAAGCGAUUUGAGCCGCAGUUCCAGAUCUUGAGGAACUUAGUGGACGCCGCGUUGGGCGCCUCUGAGAAAACCCGAAACAAGAUCGGCUUCCUUUUCGUAUCCUCGAUCGCUACCGUUGGACAUUGGCCGUUGCACACGAACAACGCAAAUGUGCCCGAGGAGCGAAUGGCAAUUGAAUCGGUCUUGCCUACGGGAUAUGGCGAUGCGAAAUACAUCUGCGAGCUUAUGCUGGACGAAACGCUCCACCGGUACCCCGAUCGCUUCAAUGCCAUGACCGUCCGUCCUGGCCAGGUGGCUGGGUCUAGCAAGAGCGGCUAUUGGAACACGAUGGAGCAUCUAUCGUUCUUGAUUAAGUCGUCGCAGACUCUCAAUGUUCUGCCGGAUCUCGACGGCCUUCUCUCUUGGACGCCUGUCGACACGGUUGCGGCCACGGUUAUCGAUCUCAUCACGCACUCGCAUGAUAAGCGGUCUGGGGCGGAGAGUGGUUCCGAAGGCUGUACUGACUCACCCCAGCGCAUGGCCCCGUAUCCUGUGUACCAUAUUGACAACCCGAUCCGCCAGUCGUGGCAAGACAUGCUUCCGACGAUAGCCGACGGUUUGAACAUUCCCAGGCAGGGUCUCGUUGACCUCGAUGAGUGGGUACGGCGGGUGAAAGACCAUCCACGAAAGGGAGUUGAGGGCCCAGAUGGAGACAAUCCCGCAAUUCUUCUUGUCGACUUUCUCGAGGGUAAUUUUGUCCGCAUGUCGUGCGGGGGCCUGCUGCUCGGGACCACCAAGGCACGGGAGCAUUCACGAACGCUCGCAGCUUGUGGCGCCGUGAGCGACGAUUUGGCGCGGCUUUUCCUGCAAAGCUGGAAGGAUAAGGGGUUUCUGAAAUCUUAG